AUAUAAUUAAUUUAAUAUAAUCCCUGUAAUUAUUAUUAAUAAUUAUUUUGAUGAUAAUAAUGAUAAUAAUUGUUUACCUUCACACUACAAUUCCUGGGUGAUUUCAGACCGGAGCCUAUCCACCACAUUCCUAGUGGUGGUGUUCCACUAUUCCACACACGCUCUCUCAUCAACUUUGCAUAUCAGGAGCUCAACAUCCAUCCUGCUCUCCAUUCAGUAGCGUCUACCGCGAGGGCUGACCAGGCAAGAAUGAACUGACCAAACCGGAAACGGGAUUGAGGCAGGCUGCCGGCACCUACCUGCGCGAACCUGUUUCCUCUUUGCUCGCCUACAUUUGUUUAUAUAGAUUUAAUUCUUGGCGCGAUUCGGCGACGGUUGCCCGCGCGGGCAAGCCUGCUUUCUCUGUUCACGCAACCUUACGUAAGGUGUACUGUGUCUGGGUCAGUGAUAUGAAUGUUGUGAUGGUGGCGGAUGAUGAAGUAGCAUUAGUAUUCAUGUUAUAAGACGCAUUAGCGGUAGAAGUAGCGGUGGUGGUGGUGGUGGUGGUGGUGGCAGUGUUGGCGGUGGUACAUUUUAAAUCUCUCUCUCUCCUGAGUCAGUGUUUCCGUAAUGAACAUCCUGCAGGACUAGUCUGGCGUCAGAGAUCUGAGCAGCCAUACGCUCCUGCUAUGCCGCGCAUGGUGAAAAUGGCGGUGGUGGUGGUGGUGGUGGUGGUGAUCGGAGGAGACCCUGGCGGCAAGUGUCGCGCUGAUCCUUUGAAAACAAACUGUAACACCGAUACAGAAAUACAAAUAUCUGGAGAAGAGAAACUGAUACACAGCGAAUCAAUAACCGAAGACAGAUGGUCCGUGACAAAAAACAUGUUCAUGGUGCCCUUGAUAGGCUUUGAAAGCGUCCGUGCUGAGGUGACAACCAACAUGGGAACAUUCCCUGCCUGGUUCCCCGUUAUGGAUCACUGCACCCCCGACAAUACUCAGUGGUGGCGGGUGAUAAUGGAGGUAAAUAAACACACUAAUUCGGCUCUCUUCGUCACUCUGGCAGUAUACAAUUGCCUCCUAUCAUGUGAAUUGACCACUGGCGUAAAAAGUACAAGUGAGAGCAAAGUAGAGAUUCAAAACCUGAAAGUGUUUGGCCGCGGCACCUCCAGAUGGACGACAAAUUACCCACCCUAUCCUUGCAAAGUUCAAGAAGUAGCAAAUCCUACAACAGUAACCCUGUCCUCCUGCACCGAUACUCCGCCCAUCAGCAGUGCCUUUCCAUCUCACUCUAGCCCAGAAAAGCGGCCUGCACAGCGGACUGCACAGCGGUCUCCACAGCGGCCUGUAAAGUGGACUACAGAGCAGGCUACAUCGCAGCCUACACAGAAACCUACACAGCAGCCUGCAAAAGGACACCUUAGCACCUCCUCGCCUCCAACCAUCCCCUCAAACACCUUGGAGCCCCCAGCACACCAGACCGAAGUUCUCACGCCCACAAAGAUUGGGGUGGUAGUGGUGGUGGUGAUGGUGGUGGUAGUGGUGGUGGUUGUGGUGAUUCUAAUGGUGAGACGUCGAGGUCGACAAGAAAAUGAAGAGGGAUCCCAGAUGACGCAUUACAUCCAGGAAAUUCACGUCACCAGGAACAGCCUGUAUGAAUCGUUUGACCAGCACUUCAGCGGGCCAGGCAAAGGCGACGCCCCUCCCAACACCCAGCGCUGACACAGACUGCUUCCAGGAACAACAGUGACAACAACAACAACAGCAACAACAACAAUAGUGGCAACAACAACACCAGCAACAAUAGUGACAACAACAACAACAGCAACACAGACACGUCCAGUAAACCUCACCAGUAAGACUGACUAUAAAGGACUGCAAAGUUGACAGUUUUCCUUGUUAUAAGACGUAGCUUUGGUAUGAAAAGAGGAGGAAUUAUUUAUGGAUGAUUAAAACAAACAAAAACAUAAAUAUAGAGAACAUUAUUAUGAUGUGUGUAAUAAUGAUGUGGGAUUGUACAGUGAAUACUCAAGUUAUGUAGCAGAGAAAGACUUUUAAGCUGGUAAUCAUCUCGUACAAAGAUGUGACAUGAACACAUCUGCAGAGAGACUCAUUAUCCACAGUGUCCGGGGGUGUGUCCGCUCUGCCUCUCUUUAGCGUGGUGGUGGUACUUGUGGUGAUACUAUUACAACAAUAAACAACAUCAACAAAUACAACAACAACAAAUACAACAACAAUAACAAUAAAGGUUACAGGCACCACUAAUGAUAAUAACGCUACUGUCUGUCAUAUCUACAUAACACGUUAUUCCACAGGAAAUGAUAAAUGGUGCUAGAAGUCAACUCUCUCUCUCUCUCUCUCUCUCUCUCUCUCUCUCUCUCUCUCUCUCUCUCUCUCUCUCUCUCU